AUGUCUACCAUGCGUUGCGCGGUCAGGAAUGGAAACAAGACAAAGCCGGUGAAGUCGAAAAACUAUCAUCGUAUCGAUGACUUCAAAUACCAGCAGAAACGACUCCGCGAGAUUCUGGGCUUCUUAGACCGCGUGGAGGUUGAAGGGCGCCAAAUACCCGAAACCCUUACAGACGAACAGUUCAACAGCCUCGGAAUUGAACUGAUUGACCUUGAUAUGAAGACGGGACAGACUCCUCCCUCGAUCACCCGAUACUUCCUACCCGCUACGGACGAUGCCUCAGGGGUCUCGAGCAGCGCUACUGACCCGAUCGAUGAUCGUUUUACCGAGUACAAUAAAAGCAGAGCGAAAAGGGUCUGUCUCGAUGAUUCUAGGAGAGGACGAUUGUUCUACGUUGGCCACAGCCUCGAUGUGAAAAGUGGAAGCGAAUACGGCGGCGCACGUCAUGCGCGUCGUGCCGUUCUUGCUGUGCUGAAUAGAAGGGUAGACGAGCACCGACCGUCGAUCGCUGAAUUGAUUGUACUUGUCAGCUGGAUGCUGGCAGCAACCCUUGUCUAUUGUUUUAUGCAGCCUGCUAAAGCGCGAGUCCUUUACGUUGAAAGUCGAGGCUACCAAAGCUCAUAA